AUGGAGAAUGUGGUUAACCAGCUUGCCAGUGACGCCGGUGUUGAAUUACUCAUUUUUGGGUAUUUCCCAAAUAUUACUGUGGGAAGUUGUGCAACAUGGGCAUUUGGUGAAGAGACUAAAAAUAGUGUAACAAAACCAACAGCCCAAUCUUUUCUUAAACAUUGGAAAACUGGUGGUGUGGAGUCAUCGAACAAAGAGUCCUUUGAACCUGAGCAACAACAUUUUCCAUCACACUUGAUUCCAGGAACACAGCAUCCGUCCAGUACUGUUACCGUUACACUGACACAAAGUGAAGAUGGCACAUAUUUCCCACCACCACAUCUCAUUGAUGAACUAGAUGCCUGGGAAUUGGGUGGGCCACCCUCACUCACGAUUAAUACACUUGCUCCACCAUCAUCAGGACAGCUGUUGCUUGAAAUUGCAACAGAAUCGACAUCCGAUGGAUUUUUCCGAACAGGGGCUUCAAAUGAGGCUGCGUCUGAACUUCCAGUCCCAGUAAAUGGCACAAAGUAUAGGGUCCAGCAACAACUCCAGUUGAGUUCAAUUCAACACCGACGCCAUUUGGUCAAGCCGGAUGAAUUAACAACGAUGACCGCUUCGAAUCCUUCGUCGUUCCUUCCUGUAACUUUGAGUGAAACGCAAGUUCUUAUCUCUUCUACUAGUCCGCCGGUUUCAGUUGUCACUAUUCGCAGUGAAACACCCGAACUACCGACCCCUGAAACUGGACAAUGGGGAACGGAAAAUGGAGUAUUGGCGUCGUCGGAUUCUGCAUCCGCUUCAAUUUUCAAGGAACAAAAGCGGAAGAAGUGUGUCGAAAGUGAAACAAGUACGAAAACAAAAACGCGCUGUUUCAAAAAAUGUUGCCUCAACGAUACAGCGGAAGUCAACAAGAACACCUAAACCAAAAUUUUUUAACUGAGACGACUUAAAAUUUAUACAAUCAAUUAUUGUACACUGAAAUAAAGAUAAAUUUCACCAAU